AUGUCACUCAAUCCAAGUCGACCUUCCUCAUCAGAGUUGGUGGAACUUCAUGUUUUUUAUGUCCCUGAAGGAUCAUGGAACUAUAAGUUAAAUACAAUUUCAAUAGAAGUUGUUAACAAAUUCAUUUCAGCUGGAUUUAUAAGAGUAUCUCCUCAACUUACUUUACAAGCCCUGAGGGAGCGUCUGGGUGAGUUUCUUGGAGAAGAUGCUGUUGCAGAAAAAUUUUUAUUUCUGAAAUGCAUUGGAAAUAAUUUAGCUGUGGUGAAGGAAAAGCAAGAAUCAGAGCUGAAGCUCAGAUCAUUUGCUCCUCCAUAUGCUCUUCAACCAGAAUUAUAUUUGCUUCCUAUAAUGGACCAUUUAGGAAAUGUUUAUUCAGCUUCGUCAACAGUUACUUUAGAUGGGCGGCAGACUAAUGGUGUUGCUGAGGUUGAUGGAACAAUCCACAAACCACUUGGUGUUACUUUGUCAAAGGAAGAACCUGGAAGAGAUCCCGGUGUGUUAAAAAACACUUUGAAAGAGCUUCUUAACAAAAAUCAGAAAGAAACUGGGGGAAAAGCCACUCCAAAAGAAAACCAGGCUGUAAAAAAUCAAAUUGGAAAUUCUGAGUUGUCAAGAUCAUUGGAAGAUUCAAACACUGAUUAUUUUAGCAACAAAAAAAGUCAGUUCCUUUGGAAAAGUGGAGAUGAUAUGACUCUCAGUUUAAGACAGAACCAUCAGACUGAGUGCAUCACCCUACUAGAUCUUACUGACUUUCCUUCAUUUCCUUGUCAACCUGUUCUUUCUUCAGGAGUAACUGAUAUCUCUUCAUUACAGAUUGAGAGAGAGAAUAUUAUUGAACAAAUGAAACAAGUAAAGGAAGAAAGAAGAUAUCUGGAAAGAAUUAGAGAAGAACUAAUAAAAAAAGUUGAAAAGCUAUGUGAACAAAGCAAAUUGAAGCAAUAUCAUGCUUGUGAUGGAUGGAAGAAAAAAUACUUGGAAACAAAGAAAGUCACAGCAUCAUUGGAGGAAGUUUUAACAAAACUUCGAGAAGAUUUGGAACUUUACUAUAAAAAAUUGCUCAUGCAACUUGAAGCCAGGGAGAUCAGGAUGAGACCAAAGAAUCUGGCAAACAUCACAGACUCCAAGAAUUACCUUAUAAUCCAGAUCACUGAGGUACAGCAUGCAAUUGACCAACUUAAGAGAAAGCUGGAUACUGACAAAAUGAAACUUAUAAUAGAAGUUAAGUUCCUGGAAGUGUGCCUAGCUAGGAGCUCAACUGAUGAUUUUGUUUAUGAUGAAUCAGCCACAUCAAAAGGGAGCAUUGGCUGCUGCAAUACAUUCUGACCAGACCUGACUUUGUUCAUCAUAAGACAUCACAAAGAGAAAGUCACAAGCAUCUGCAAUUCCAGUAUAAUUAUAGCACCUUCUGUCUAUGUUCUUUGGAGACCAAGCUACAUCAAAG